UUUCUUUCCAACACCACCAACCCCAAUUCGUUUGGAGUGUCGCAUUCCAAUCACCCACUCACAAUGUUCGGCGCAAAGAGGAAAGCGCGCAAGAUCAGGGUGUCAGAGGGCAACGAGGACCACGACGAGCCCGUCACCUCUGGCACCACCACCGAGGAGCCCAUGAACGAUGCAGCUGCUCCCGACCCGAGCCCGUCCUCCGUCAAGUUCACCAGGAAACCCUUCAAGGGCUCGUCGCUCCGGAAGAGCAUCAACAUCAACGAUGACAGCGACUCGACCGGGCUCGCGACCUCGGCCGCCGCAGAGGACGACGACGACCACGACGACGGGCCAGCAGUGGUGCGGCCAGCGGUCAGCCGGUCGGGAUCCACAAGGGUGAAGAAGAAGGCCUCGUCGUCGCGGCUGUCGUUCGGCGUGGCGGAUCCCGCGGGCGGCGACGACGGCCGACAGCAGCCCAUCACGCCCAAGAAGACGAGCACGCUCUCGCAGCGGGCCACCGAGAACAGCGCGCUGCGGUCCUCGCUGUCGAGCCGCAAGCUGCCCACGCGCUCCUUCGGGCCCGAGGUUGAGGAGACGUCCUACAGCAAGGAAUACCUGCAGGAACUCCAGUCGUCGACGCCAAACACGCCACAAAACAUCGCCUCGCUGCGCAUACACGAUGAUGAAGAAGCAGACGCCAGCACAGGCUCAGGCCCGGGCGCAGCAGGCAGCGGCGACGCGAUGGACCUCGACCCCUCCGAGCUCGAAGGCGCCGUGGUCGUCCCGCAGGCCGACCUCCCCGUGUCGGCAUUCAGCACGACAGGAACAGGGGGCCACAUCCCCUCGGCAGUCGAGAUCCGCGAGAAGAAGGAACGACGGGCCCGGCUCGCCGCAGAAGGGGGCGCGUACCACUCAGACGAGGACGACGAGGACUACAUAUCCCUCGCCCCGAGGAAGAAAAAGGACGACACGCGGCUGAUCGCCGAGGACGAGGACCUGGGCGAGGGCUACGACGAGUUCGUCGAGGACGCGCGGCUGGAGCUGGGGAAAAAGGGCGAGAAGGAGGCGGCGCGGCGGCACCGGCGCGAGAUGGCGGAGCUGAUCGACGCGGCCGAGGGGGGCGCGGACGACGGGGACGAGGACGCGGACUCGGACGCCGAGCGCACGGCGGCGUACGAGGCCGCGCAGACGAGGGCCGCCAUGGGCGGCCACCACCUCGCCGCCGACGAGAAGGGGGCGGCCGGCGGGGCCGGCACCGGGGUGGCGGGGCUGGUCAUCCCGCGGAUGAGGGCGCUCCCCGAGCUGGGCGAGUCGCUGGCGCGGAUGCGGGAGCUGGUGCGCGGGGUGGAGGAGCAGGCGGCGGCGCGGCGGGCGCGCAUCGCGGCGCUGGAGAAGGAGCGGGGUGAGAUCGUCGCGCGGGAGGCCGAGGUGCAGGAGGUGCUCAACCAGGCCGGGGUCAGGUACCAGUCGGCCAUGGGGGUCAAGCACGAGGGCGGCGGUGGUGGUGGUGGUGUGAUGGACCCGCUGAGGCUGGCCGCUGAGUCGCCCCUGCGUGCUGGCUCCGCGAUCCCGCCGGCGCAGAGGGGCCUGGAGAGCUUCGGGACGCCCUCGCGGCGGCAGGAGUACGACGACGACGACGGUGAUGAUGCGAUGGCUGGUUGAUGUGGUAGAUACCCGGGGCUCGAGGCACAUGUAAGACAGCAGUGUAGUAGUAAUAUCAACCGGAACAUAAGCCUCGUGCAGUCAGUCAGUCAGUCAGUCAGUCAGUCAGUCAGUCA